AUGGAUUACUUUUUACUUUUCCAGACUUUACUUGUUGUCUUCAUAACAUUUCGACGUUUCUUGGUUGUUUGGUGGCCUUUAAAAUAUGCCAGAAUACGCGAACCUAAAAGAAACGAUCAACUUCAAAAAUCAUUUUCUUCAAUGGAAGAAGCUUGCACAGAAAAUAGUGGAAUAUUUAAAAGUGGGGGUCUAGCUAGAAGUUUCUCCAAAAGAUUUUUGUCUACGUCGACAACUUACAAAAAACCGAAUAUACGAAAAAUUGUGCAUCCAUUUAUUUUUCCAAGUAAUUUGCUUAAAAUAUAG